AUGGAGUGGGGUACAUCUGCAGUUUGCAUACUACUGCUGGCUCUUAUCUGUGACAUACAGGUUAAUGCAUUGAGAGUCCAAGCGCUUAACCAUGUAAACAACAUCUGUAGCAUGUGGGGCAACUUUCACUUCAAGACGUUUGAUGGCGACUCUUACCAGUUUCAAGGCAUGUGCGAUUAUAACCUGGUGUCGGACUGCCAAAGCCUCAUUCGCCAGUUCUCGGUUCACGUGAAGAGAGGAGAACACACCACUGACUCAAAGAUCAGCAGAGUAGCGGUGUCCAUCAAUGACAUUUCUGUCGAAAUGACCCCAAACCAGGUCAUGGUCAACGAACAAAUUGUGACACUACCCAUCCAUGUCGCUGGGAUUCUUGUGGAAGAGAAUACAAUUUACAUCAAACUCUAUUCAAAACUGGGCAUCAGCGUCAAGUGGAACAGAGAGGAUGCAGUCACGGUGGAGCUGGAUGACAAAUAUUCAAAUCGUACUUGUGGACUGUGUGGCGAUUUCAAUGGUAUUCCCGUUUAUAAUGAGUUUAUUGAAUCAGGUGAAAAGAUUGGCCAUGUUGAAUUUGGGAAUAUGCACAGAGUUCCAAAUCCAAUGCAUGUUUGUGAAGACCCUUUUGAAAACGACGAUGAGCAAAAUGUUUUGGACCAAUGUGAAAAAUAUCGGACAAAUUGUGCAGACUUUUUGGAGGUUGAAGACUGGUCUUCCUGUACCAAGGUUUUGAGUCCUGAGCCGUAUGUAAAGGCCUGUGUGAAUGAUAUGUGUUUGGGUCAAGAUGGAGACGUUUCAUCACUCUGUGCGACUUUAUCUGAAUACUCACGCCAGUGCUCUCAUGCGGGAGGGACUCCACCCAAUUGGAGAACAGAGCAAUUCUGUGCUGUGAAAUGCCCCUUCAAUAUGGUGCAUUCUGAAAGUGGCUCCCCAUGUAUGGACACAUGCUCACACAAAGACACAAACACACUGUGUGCGGAACACAACACCGACGGCUGCUUUUGCCCACAAGGAACUGUGUUUGAUGACAUCUCAAACAUGGGCUGCAUCCCAGUGGAACAGUGCCAGUGCAAACAUGACCAAAACUAUAAACCCGGAGAAGUCCUCCUUAAGGACGACGAGGAAUGCAUAUGUCAGGAGGGGAACUGGAUUUGUAUGAGUCUGCCUAGUCCUGGCCUGUGUGCCCUAGAGGAAGGAUCUCAUUUCACCACCUACGACGGGAAAGAAUUCACUUUCCACGGAGACUGCCACUAUGUUCUCUCCAAAGACUGCAAAGACUCAAAGUUCAUCAUAUUGGGCCAGAUUGUUCCUUGUUUAACCCAUGAAACCGACACCUGCUUGAAAUCAAUAGUGGUGCUGUUUGACAACGACAAGAAAAAUCCUCUGCUCAUUAAACCUGACGGCACGGUACAACACAAUGCUGAAGUCCCACUUCCUUACAAGACUGCUGACUUCACGGUGUUCAGGCCAUCAUCGUUUUACAUCAUGCUCCAGACCUCCUUCGGGCUGCAGGUGCAGGUACAGCUGGUGCCCAUUAUGCAAGUGUACAUCACUGUGGAUCAAAGCUUCCAGGGCAAGACUUGUGGUCUUUGUGGAAAUUUUAACAAAGUGCUGUCUGAUGACCUGAAGACCCCUCAGGGAUUGGUGGAGGGUACAGCAGUUUCCUUUGCAAACACCUGGAAGGCCCAAUCUAACUGCCCUGACCGUACUGAGAGAAUGGACGAUCCCUGUUCCUACAGCACUGACAGCGAGCACUUUGCUGAGCAUUGGUGUUCCAAGAUGAAGGACAAGGAGAGCCCCUUUGCCAAAUGUCACUCUACUGUCAAUCCAGAAAGCUACUACAAAAGAUGCAAAUACUCCAGCUGUACAUGUGAAAAGAGUGAAGACUGUUUGUGUGCGGUAUUCUCCUCAUACGCCCGGGCCUGUGCAGCUAAAGGAAUAUUUCUCCAAGGCUGGCGGCAAACAGUGUGCGAGAAGUACACAGAGAACUGCCCGGCAUCACAGAACUACUCCUAUCAGCUGCAGAGCUGCCAGCAUACCUGUAUUUCUCUCAGCUCUGAGCGCCAAGGCUGCAAUGUUGACUUUGUACCUGUGGACGGAUGUGCAUGUCCAGAUGGACUCUACCAGGAUGAGAGUGGACUGUGUGUACCUAUGGAAAAAUGUCCUUGUUACCAUAAUGGCCAGAAAAUCCGUCCCGGCCAGUCUGUUAGCCUUAAGGAUGAACACUGUGUUUGCAUGAAUGGAAAGUUCCACUGUCGAUCCUCGAGAGCCCGUUUUCUAGAAUGUCCCCAUCCAAAGGUUUUCUUCAACUGCAGUACAGCAGGCCCAGAUGAACAUGGACUGGACUGUGCUCGCACUUGUUUGCAACAGGAAGUUGAUUGUUUCUCGCUGGACUGUGAAUCUGGGUGCCAGUGUCCUACAGGUCUACUGGACGAUGGCAAAGGAUACUGUGACAAGUGUGGAAAUAAAACGGGUCAUUUUCAUGUGAUCACUGAGAAUAUUCCUUGCGGAACAACAGGAACCACAUGUUCAAAGGCUGUUGGGAUCCUUUUGGGGAGAACUAAACUGGAACUUUCUGAAGGCAUUGUAAGAGUAUCUGAUACUGGAAGUGGUCCACUGAUCAAGUACAAUAAAAGAAACGUUGGUAUGUACCUUGUUAUCGAUGCUGUCAUCGGAAUGACGGUUUUGUGGGACCGUAAAACAACUGUCCGCAUCAUUCUGCAACCUCAGCACAUGGGAGAAGUUUGUGGCCUCUGUGGAAAUUUCAAUGGAAAUGGAAAAGAUGACUUUACCACUCAAGGCAACUUGCAAACCUCAAAUAUAAUGGAGUUCGUGGACAGCUGGAAAGGGUUAAGCACAUGCCCUGAUGCAGAACCAGACUUUGAUCCCUGCUUUCAGACCCCUAAUCGACACACAUGGGCGAAAAUACAAUGUAGCAUUAUAAAGUCAAAGACUUUCAAAGACUGCCACAGCAUGGUGGAUCCAGGCCCUUUCUAUGAUAACUGUGUGAAGGACUCCUGUGCAUGUGACACAGGUGGAGACUGUGAGUGCUUCUGCACAGCUGUGGCAGCUUACGCUCAAGCAUGCAAUGAUAAAGAAGUCUGUGUGGCCUGGAGAACACCUGAGAUCUGCCCUGUGUACUGUGACUACUACAAUAAACCAGGUGAAUGCAUAUGGCAUUACAGUCCUUGUCAUCCACCUUCGUACAAAACCUGUCUCAACCCUGAGGGUAUCCACAAUAACACUUUACCAAACCUGGAGGGUUGUUAUCCAGAAUGUCCAGAGGACAAGCCUAUAUUUGAUGAAAAAAAUCAGAUCUGUGUGGAGAUAUGUAAUCAGACAUGCAAUGAUAAUGGGAACGAGUAUGAACCUGGAGAGGAGAUCCCAACUGACAAGCCCUGGUGCUGUUUCUACAAUGGAACAGAAUAUGAUCACAAUGCAGUAAUUUACAAUGUUACAGAUGGCAUGGGAAUGUGCUACUAUGCAAUUUGCAUAAAUACCACUGUAAUAGAAUCAAUGGUACCAUGCCCAACCCCAACCACAACACCACCUUCAACUACCCCAACUACACCACCUACUUCACCCACUGGUUCUUCAUCUUCAUCUACUCCAACAGGAAGUACUCCAACAUCUGAAGUUACUGAAUCUACCUCAACAGAAUGUUUUAUAUGUGACUGGUCUGAGUGGUUUAAUGUUUAUAAUCCUGCUACCGGAGGAGGGAAUGACUUUGAGACAUAUGAAAAAAUAACAGAAAAUGGAAAAGAGAUAUGUGAACAUCCAGAAGAUAUUGAAUGUAGGGCUACAGGCGAAAUGGAUAUGAGCUUUGAAGAUUAUAUCAGUCAAACAAAACAAGUUGCCCAGUGCAACGUUUCAUAUGGUUUGACAUCUUCACCUACACCAACAGUAAUUACUACAACAACAGAAAAACCUACUCCAUUGACACCAACAGGAAGUACCCCAACAACUAAAUCAACAACAACGGUAGAAUCUACCACAUCACCACAAACACCUGAACCACCCACCAGUUCCACAUCUUCACCUACACCAACAGUAAUUACUACAACAUCAGAAAAACCUACUCCAUCGACACCAACAGGAAGUACCCCAACAACUAAAUUGACUGAAUCAACAACAACGGUAGAACCUACCACAUCACCACAAACACCCGAACCACCCACCAGUUCCACAUCUUCACCUACACCAACAGUAAUUACUACAACAACAGAAAAACCUACUCCAUCGACACCAACAGGAAGUACCCCAACAACUAAAUUGACUGAAUCAACAACAACGGUAGAAUCUACCACAUCACCACAAACACCUGAACCACCCACCAGUUCCACAUCUUCACCUACACCAACAGUAAUUACUACAACAACAGAAAAACCUACUCCAUCGACACCAACAGGAAGUACCCCAACAACUAAAUCAACAACAACGGUAGAAUCUACCACAUCACCACAAACACCUGAACCACCCACCAGUUCCACAUCUUCACCUACACCAACAGUAAUUACUACAACAACAGAAAAACCUACUCCAUUGACACCAACAGGAAGUACCCCAACAACUAAAUCAACAACAACAACAGAAAAACCUACUCCAUCGACACCAACAGGAAGUACCCCAACAACUAAAUCAACAACAACGGUAGAAUCUACCACAUCACCACAAACACCUGAACCACCCACCAGUUCCACAUCUUCACCUACACCAACAGUAAUUACUACAACAACAGAAAAACCUACUCCAUUGACACCAACAGGAAGUACCCCAACAACUAAAUCAACAACAACGGUAGAAUCUACCACAUCACCACAAACACCUGAACCACCCACCAGUUCCACAUCUUCACCUACACCAACAGUAAUUACUACAACAUCAGAAAAACCUACUCCAUCGACACCAACAGGAAGUACCCCAACAACUAAAUUGACUGAAUCAACAACAACGGUAGAACCUACCACAUCACCACAAACACCCGAACCACCCACCAGUUCCACAUCUUCACCUACACCAACAGUAAUUACUACAACAACAGAAAAACCUACUCCUUCGACACCAACAGGAAGUACCCCAACAACUAAAUUGACUGAAUCAACAACAACGGUAGAACCUACCACAUCACCACAAACACCCGAACCACCCACCAGUUCCACAUCUUCACCUACACCAACAGUAAUUACUACAACAACAGAAAAACCUACUCCAUCAACACCAACAGGAAGUACCCCAACAUCUAAAGUUACUGAAUCUACCUCAACAGAAUGUUUUAUAUGUGACUGGUCUGAGUGGUUUAAUGUUUAUAAUCCUGCUACCGGAGGAGGGAAUGACUUUGAGACAUAUGAAAAAAUAACAGAAAAUGGAAAAGAGAUAUGUGAACAUCCAGAAGAUAUUGAAUGUAGGGCUACAGGCGAAAUGGAUAUGAGCUUUGAAGAUUAUAUCAGUCAAACAAAACAAGUUGCCCAGUGCAACGUUUCAUAUGGUUUGACAACAGAAAAACCUACUCCAUCGACACCAACAGGAAGUACCCCAACAACUAAAUCAACAACAACGGUAGAAUCUACCACAUCACCAGAAACACCUGAACCACCCACCAGUUCCACAUCUUCACCUACACCAACAGUAAUUACUACAACAACAGAAAAACCUACUCCAUUGACACCAACAGGAAGUACCCCAACAACUAAAUCAACAACAACGGUAGAAUCUACCACAUCACCACAAACACCUGAACCACCCACCAGUUCCACAUCUUCACCUACACCAACAGUAAUUACUACAACAACAGAAAAACCUACUCCAUCGACACCAACAGGAAGUACCCCAACAACUAAAUUGACUGAAUCAACAACAACGGUAGAAUCUACAACAUCACCACAAACACCUGAACCACCCACCAGUUCCACAUCUUCACCUACACCAACAGCAAUUACUACAACAACAGAAAAACCUACUCCAUCGACACCAACAGGAAGUACCCCAACAACUAAAUUGACUGAAUCAACAACAACGGUAGAAUCUACAACAUCACCACAAACAACUGAACCACCCACCAGUUCCACAUCUUCACCUACACCAACAGCAAUUACUACAACAACAGAAAAACCUACUCCAUCGACACCAACAGGAAGUACCCCAACAACUAAAUUGACUGAAUCAACAACAACGGUAGAAUCUACAACAUCACCACAAACACCUGAACCACCCACCAGUUCCACAUCUUCACCUACACCAACAGCAAUUACUACAACAACAGAAAAACCUACUCCAUCGACACCAACAGGAAGUACCCCAACAACUAAAUUGACUGAAUCAACAACAACGGUAGAAUCUACCACAUCACCACAAACACCAGAACCAGCCACCAGUUCCACAUCUUCACCUACACCAACAGCAAUUACUACAACAACAGAAAAACCUACUCCAUCAACACCAACAGGAAGUACCCCAACAACUAAAUUGACUGAAUCAACAACAACGGUAGAAUCUACCACAUCACCACAAACACCUGAACCACCCACCAGUUCCACAUCUUCACCUACACCAACAGUAAUUACUACAACAACAGAAAAACCUACUCAAUCAACACCAACAGGAAGUACCCCAACAACUAAAUCAACAACAACGGUAGAAUCUACCACAUCACCACAAACACCUGAACCACCCACCAGUUCCACAUCUUCACCUACACCAACAGUAAUUACUACAACAACAGAAAAACCUACUCCAUCGACACCAACAGGAAGUACCCCAACAACUGAAUCAACAACAACGGUAGAACCUACCACAUCACCACAAACACCUGAACCACCCACCAGUUCCACAUCUUCACCUACACCAACAGUAAUUACUACAACAACAGAAAAACCUACUCCAUCAACACCAACAGGAAGUACCCCAACAACUAAAUCAACAACAACGGUAGAAUCUACCACAUCACCACAAACACCUGAACCACCCACCAGUUCCACAUCUUCACCUACACCAACAGUAAUUACUACAACAUCAGAAAAACCUACUCCAUCGACACCAACAGGAAGUACCCCAACAACUAAAUUGACUGAAUCAACAACAACGGUAGAACCUACCACAUCACCACAAACACCCAAACCACCCACCAGUUCCACAUCUUCACCUACACCAACAGUAAUUACUACAACAACAGAAAAACCUACUCCAUCGACACCAACAGGAAGUACCCCAACAACUAAAUUGACUGAAUCAACAACAACGGUAGAAUCUACAACAUCACCACAAACACCUGAACCACCCACCAGUUCCACAUCUUCACCUACACCAACAGCAAUUACUACAACAACAGAAAAACCUACUCCAUCAACACCAACAGGAAGUACCCCAACAACUAAAUUGACUGAAUCAACAACAACACCAACAGUAAUUACUACAACAACAGAAAAACCUACUCCAUCGACACCAACAGGAAGUACCCCAACAACUAAAUUGACUGAAUCAACAACAACGGUAGAACCUACCACAUCACCACAAACACCCGAACCACCCACCAGUUCCACAUCUUCACCUACACCAACAGUAAUUACUACAACAACAGAAAAACCUACUCCAUCAACACCAACAGGAAGUACCCCAACAACUAAAUUGACUGAAUCAACAACAACGGUAGAACCUACCACAUCACCACAAACACCGAACCACCCACCAGCCACAUCUUCACCUACACCAACAGUAAUUACUACAACAACAGAAAAACCUACUCCAUCGACACCAACAGGAAGUACCCCAACAACUAAAUUGACUGAAUCAACAACAACGGUAGAACCUACCACAUCACCACAAACACCCGAACCACCCACCAGUUCCACAUCUUCACCUACACCAACAGUAAUUACUACAACAACAGAAAAACCUACUCCAUCAACACCAACAGGAAGUACCCCAACAACUAAAUUGACUGAAUCAACAACAACGGUAGAAUCUACCACUUCACCACAAACUCCAUCAACUACUCCCAUCACUACACCAUGUUUUUGUGUGGUUAAUGGAGUGCAGUAUAAUCCUGGUGAGACAAUAUUUGAUACGGUUCACAUUGGCUCUGGGAUCUGUCUGACCAUGAUCUGCUCAGAAAUCUGUGCACUGCAGAACAGCACAGAGCCAUGUCCAACAUCAACAACUCCUGCACCUACUCCAUCAACAACUCCUGCACCUACUCCAUCAACAACUCCUACACUUACUCCAUCAACAACUCCUACACCGACUCCAUACUACGACUGCCCAGAAUGGGAGCAAUAUGUACACUUAACAUAA